UCACAGCAUCCCAAAAGAUUUUUCCCGUCGAAUCCUUACGUCUCGUUUAGGGAGUGGACCUUUCGGAUGCAAAAUUAGGUGUUUUUCUGUGGCUUACGGUGCUAAAUUUUCGAUGAUUGCAAUCCUUGUGUUUUACUGAUGGGGAAAUUUAUAAAGUUUUUGAACUUUAAGUUGUGCUUUUUAAGUUUAAUCGCGUUUGGAUAUGCUCAAGGUUCUGUAGUGCACAUUGAGGCCAAUCCGGAUGCGAAACGACUUUAUGAUGAUCUUUUAAGCAAUUACAACCGACUUAUUCGACCGGUGGUGAACAAUACCGAGACCCUAACGGUAUGGCUUGGUCUAAAGCUGUCCCAAUUGAUAGAGGUGAGCCUGCGGAAUCAGGUCAUGACGACCAAUCUUUGGGUGAAGCAAAAAUGGUUCGAUUACAAACUAAAGUGGGAUCCGGAAGAGUACGGUGGAGUUGAGAUGCUGUACGUUCCGUCCGAACAAAUUUGGCUCCCGGAUAUUGUCCUGUACAACAACUGGGAUGGAAACUACGAGGUGACGCUGAUGACGAAGGCCACGCUCAAGUACACGGGAGAGGUUUUCUGGGAACCGCCGGCGAUUUACAAAUCUUCGUGUGAAAUGAACGUCGAGUACUUUCCGUACGAUGAGCAGACAUGUCUGAUGAAGUUUGGAUCAUGGACGUACAAUGGAGCCCAGGUGGAGCUGCGACAUUUGGAUCAGGUUCCCGGUAGCAACCUUGUUCAGAUCGGCAUUGAUUUGAGUGAGUUCUAUUUGUCUGUGGAGUGGGAUAUUCUGGAGGUUCCUGCUAGUCGUAACGAAGAGUACUAUCCGUGCUGUCCUGAACCAUUUUCGGACAUCACGUUCAAGCUAACUAUGAGACGUAAAACUUUGUUCUACACGGUUAAUCUAAUCAUUCCGUGCGUUGGAAUUACCUUCCUCACCGUUCUGGUGUUUUACCUUCCAAGUGAUUCUGGAGAAAAGGUCACAUUGUGUAUCUCCAUUCUCGUGUCGCUCACUGUGUUCUUCCUGUUGUUGGCCGAGAUUAUUCCUCCAACAUCUUUAGCGGUUCCGUUGCUUGGAAAAUACCUGCUUUUCACCAUGAUUUUGGUAUCGUUAUCGGUUUGGACAACCGUGUGCGUUCUGAAUGUGUGGUACAGGAGCACCUCUACGCAUAAAAUGUCGUGGCUUGUGAAGCGGUUGUUUUUGGAAAUUAUGCCGAAAAUUUUGAUGAUGCGUCGUGCCAAAUACACCUUACCGGACUACGAUGACUCCAUGCAGAGCAACGUGUACACCAACGAGAUCGAAAUGAGUGUCAGUGAUUUUCCCGGCGAUUUCAAGGAAGGUGGCGACAGUUUUGAUAACAUUGGAAUGAAUCUUCCGCACGGUUCAGUUGAACCCGAUAAUAUCAUACCGAAGCAAUUGUCACCGGAGCUCUCUUCUGCAAUACAGGCGGUAAGAUUUAUUGCGCAACACAUCAAGGAUGCUGAUAAGGAUAAUGAGGUGGUCGAAGAUUGGCGGUUCGUGUCGAUGGUGCUGGAUAGAUUUUUCCUGUUCAUGUUCACAUUUGCCUGCAUCUUUGGCACGCUCGCCAUCAUCUGUCAGAGCCCGUCGCUGUACGAUACCCGCGCCCCGGUCGAUCAACAGCUGAGCGAGAUUCCACUCCGGAAGAACAACUUCAUGCUGCCCCCGGACAUUGUGCGCAUCACGUUGGACUAAUUGUUUGAUGACCUCCUCGCUGCUGACUUCUUCACCUUCACCGCUGAAGUUAGUCAGCACAAGCAGGCAAGGGGAGAGGGGCCGAUUGGAGUUUGAUUGUUUUCCGGAGUGGGAUUUUUAUUGUGGCAUGUUGAGUGCAAAUGAAGACAAAAUGGUACGCAAAUGUAGUCGAAAACUCGUGCACAUUUAACAUACAAAUCAGAAGGAUGCUCGCACGACCGAGGGGCCGAAAUCGUUGGAAUUGGUCACGUUAGUUGAGGAGUUUUAUAAAAUAAACUUGCAAUAAAUUAACUAAUAAUAUUUGUAAUCCACACAAGUCACUAAGCAUUAUGCAAUAUCGAAAUAUUUGAAUAAAAAAAGCUGUUCCAAGAU